AUGGCCAGCUUCUUUCGAUCCUCCAAUUCUAGCAGUCCAAGUCCGUACACGAGAAUUAAUUCAGACUCCAAUCAGUCAUCAAGGGGACCGCGUCCUCCUCCCCCUCCUCCCCCUCAGCGUGGAAAUGAAACCUUCCUUGAAAAGAUAACGCACCGAUCUCGACCGCAAUCCGCUAAUAUGACCGUUGCCAAUGCCCCUAAUAACGAGUUAGGGCUCACAAACUGUUUGAUCGCGAGCCCCACCGAUUUUCUGCAACAUGGACAACAAGUUCGAGUUAAUAGACGCUUCCCCGUCACAGUUAGACACGACACAACUCCAUCGAUGGUUGCUGGCCACAUAGAGCCGGGAAGCCUUGGCGUCAGCAUGUUUCACCGACAAUGGAUCGGGCUUAGCCCUGGAGACGUCAUUCAAAUCGAAACAAUAGAUCUAGGGGAUGAGUGGCUUGGCUCGCUCGACCUGGAGGCCAGUAUAAUGCUCAUUCUCUUAGUUGGCUUUAACAAGAAGAAUGCCCAAGCAAUUGAAGUGUUCGACUCUGAAGAUAUGAGUCGAGUCCUCAUCAAGAACUAUAGCAACCAAGUUUUCUCGCCCGGUCAAAUUGUGGUUUUUGAGUAUCAUGGUCAAACUCUACGAGCUACUGUGACAGGGAUAUCUCUCUUCGACCUUGGGAAAGGUGGAAACCCACUUGGGCCCAUGGGUCUUCUGAUGGAAAAAACGGACAUUACGUUCAUCAAAGCCUCCGAUAGCUCCAUUAAGAUCAAGGGAAGCUCCAAAAAGGCACCUCCAAAUGCAAUUCUGGCGCCAAACUUCAAGUUCGAAGAUAUGGGUAUUGGUGGUUUGGACGCAGAGUUCGCCUCAAUAUUCCGCCGAGCCUUUGCCAGUCGAGUGUUUCCGCCAGGGUUGGUCGAGAAACUGGGCAUUCAACAUGUCAAAGGGCUGCUGUUGUACGGCCCUCCUGGGACAGGGAAGACACUCAUGGCGCGCCAAAUUGGAAAGAUGCUGAAUGCCAGAGAGCCGAAGAUCGUUAAUGGGCCCGAGAUUUUGGACAAAUUUGUUGGGAAGAGCGAGGAGAACAUUCGAAAGCUUUUUGCUGAUGCUGAGGCGGAGUAUAAGUCAAAAGGCGAUGAGAGUGGGCUUCACAUCAUUAUCUUCGAUGAAUUGGACGCCAUAUGUAGGCAACGGGGCACUGGGAGUGCCGGUGGCACUGGAGUUGGGGACACUGUCGUCAACCAACUUUUGUCCAAGAUGGAUGGUGUGGAUCAACUCAACAAUAUUCUUGUCAUUGGUAUGACAAACCGGAAGGAUAUGAUUGAUGAGGCACUCCUUCGACCUGGCCGACUCGAAGUUCACAUGGAAAUCUCUCUUCCCGAUGAGCACGGUCGUCUUCAAAUCCUGACCAUUCAUACCGCCAAGAUGCGCAAUAAUGGGAUAAUGGACCGCGACGUCGGUCUUCCAGAACUUGCUUCUGUAACAAAGAAUUUUUCUGGCGCAGAAAUUAAUGGUUUGGUUAAGAGUGCCGCCAGCUUCGCUUUUAAUCGCCACGUCAAAGUGGGGACAAUGGCUGGCAUUUCUGAUGAUGUCGAGAACCUUCGCGUUAACCGAGACGAUUUUAUGCAUGCUCUGGAAGAGGUCCGCCCGCUCUUCGGUGUGUCAGAGGAAGAAUUGGAGGCUGUAGUCCAGAACGGGAUUAUCCACUACGAGACCAAUGUCGAUACAUUGUUGCGGGAUGGGCAGCUCUUUGUGGAGCAAGUCAAAACGAGUACUCGAACACCCUUGGUCUCCGUUCUGUUGCAUGGACCACCUGGCUCCGGAAAAACCGCGCUUGCCGCAACUAUUGCUCAGAGCUCUCAGUUCCCGUUCAUUAAAUUAAUCUCGCCUGAAUCCAUGGUCGGGUUUUCAGAGGGACAGAAGAUUGCCGCAAUAAGCAAAGUAUUCACGGAUAGCUACAAGAGUCCAAUUAGUGUCAUUGUUGUUGACAACUUGGAGCGAUUGUUAGAUUGGGUACCUAUCGGUCCUCGAUUCUCUAAUGGUGUACUCCAAGCCCUGAUGGUAUUGAUGGGGAAGCGUCCUCCUAAGGGGAGGCGGUUGCUGGUGCUCACUACCACAUCUCUGCGGCCCAUGCUGACCGAGAUGCAGAUGAAUGACAUAUUUGAUGCGGAGAUACGAGUCCCACCGAUCACUAGUCUUCGUGCAUUAGAUCGUGUCUUGGACGAAGUGAAGCUCUUCCCCUCACGGACUGAAAGAGGCAGAGCGCUGGCGUUGCUCGAGCAGGCAGGUUUUGGCCAUGAAGGGCGUCUCAACGUGGGCAUUAAGAAGCUCCUCAGCGUGAUUGAGAUGGCUCGCCAAGAUCCCAAUGACAUUGCCGAGAAACUGUGCAGUGCUCUUAUUGGACUAUUGUGA